AUGAGCUUCGCCCCGGAGCAGGCCGUGGCCGAGCUGGGCCAGUGCGUCGCUCGCAUGGUGCCCCAGCUGCUGGACCAGCUCGCCGCGCUCCGAUCGGAUCACCCGACGACGACGCUGCUGCCACCAUCGGACGUGUUUGCCCAGCUGGCACCGCUCGCCUCUUCCGACGAUGUCAAGCGCGCCUUUGCCCUCAUCCCGCCAUCGACGGCCGGAGACGCCGACGCGGCAGCCCAGACCGACGAGGGCCUCGCACGUCUGCGCAACCUCUGCGUCGAAGUGGGCAGCAACCAACUCAGAGACGUCGUGUACCAGGCCGCCACCCCGCCCACCGAUCCAGCUCAGCCGGCGACAGCCGGCGUCGGCGGCAGCGCCCAGCCCCUCCCGCAGCAGCUGGCUGACGACUCGCUCCGCAGCAUCGUCGAUCGCCUAGACGUCGUCCUCGCACUCGCGCUCCAAGGCCUCGUCGACACCGCGCUGCCCCUGACGCUGGUCGAGGAACUGCUCGAGCUCAACACCAUACCCACCUGCUCCCAGCUUUUUGCCUACAUUGAAUCGCGCGUCAAGCAGCUCACCGUCGAUCUUCACCCAAUGCGAGGCAAGGGCCUCGUCCUCCUCCGCCUCUGCAAUGAGCUCCUUCGCCGCCUCUCGAAGCCCUCCCACAAGCACACCGUCUUUGCCGGAAGGAUCCUCAGCCUUCUCGCCGCCGUGUUUCCUCUGGGAGAACGCAGCGGCGUCAACCUCCGCGGCGACUUCAACGUAGAGAACAGGACCAUCCUCGAGGACCAGCCUGCUCACGAUGAUCGGGAUGGGCACGCAGAGGGCAGCAAGAAGGUCGACGGCGGCGGUGACGGCGCAGACGAGAAGGGCGAUGACGACGACGACAAGGCCGCCGCCAUCCGUCCCGACGCUCAGAUGUACGAGCUCUUCUGGAGCAUGCAGCGCUUCUUCUCCAACCCUCCGCUCCUCAUGGGCCUCCAGGACACCUCCCGGCAGUCUUCCAGGACCGCCACCCCUGCACCACCAGCCGGCAGCAACGAUGGCGGCAACCCGACACCGUCCGAAGAGGACCCGGCGCCCGACGGUGCAAAGGGCCCCAUGUCCGAGCUUCGCAUCAGCACCAAGCGCAUCCUCGCCCUCUUUGCCGCCGUGGCAAAGCGCGAGCGGGAGCUGGCGGGCGCUGCGGCUGCCGAAAACGCCAAUGCCGCCAACCAAAGCGGCGGCGCCAAGGCCAACGGCUCCAACGGCAAGGCGGCCAAUGGCACGCAAAAGCCGGCUCAGCUCGCGAUCGGCUACCGUGCGGGCCAGGAUACGGGUGACUCGGCCACGCUCGCAAGCGACGAGGGCACUGACUCUGGAGACGGCCCGCGAAAGCGCGAGCGGUACGAGCCCGACAUAAAGGACGGUGUCCGAGUCAGCAAGACUGCGAAGACCGAGGACGACGCGGACGGCGACGCCGAGAUGGCGUCCGCGUCGGACGACGCCGAAGACCGGGCGCGGGCGGCCGACCUCUUCUUUCCCAAGUUCCUGACGGGCCGGCGGCUGCUCGAGUACGAGAUCCGCGACGCCUCGUUCCGCCGGCACAUUCUGGUCCAGUACCUCAUCCUCUUCCAGUACCUCCUCUCCUUCACGCCGGUUGCGCGCGAGAAAUGGAAGGACUGGAAGAACCGCAACCUGCAGGGCAUGUUCGUGCUCGAGGAGGCCGACGAGCAGUGGGUGCGCAAGGUGUGGAAGGAGGUGGUGCUGUUGCUGCGCGACAUUCCGCCCAACGGCCGGGCGUUCCUCGAUGCGACGCUCGAGGUGCUCAAGCGCGAGGCAAACUGGAUCCGCUGGAAGGCCGACUCGUGCCCCUCGAUCGAGAAGCCGCCGCUCUCUCCCGACCAGAUCGCCGCAUUCGCCAGCGCCCGCGCCUCGCUGCUGCGCCCGCCGAGGCCCUACUCUCAUCCGCUCGGCACGGCAGCGCUCAGCGAGCUGUGGGCCGAGGGCUUCCCACCCCCCGUUCCCGGCACGCGUCGGGUCGAGAACGACGAGGGUGUCUACGUCGACGUGGCCACCGAUGGUCUCGAGGAGCUCGAGUUCCUGCCUCCCGUGCCGACGCUGAGUCACUACCAUGGCAUGAUCAAGCGCGAGGAGAUGAAGCUCAACAUGCGUCGCCGCCAGCUCGGUAUCGUCAUCGACACCGAUGCUGCUGCUGCCGGGCCAGCAAAGAUGUCGGCCGAGGACGCGGACAAGGAGAGCAAGGACGCCAAGUGCCAGAGCAUCCGCGAGACAAUGCAGAGCCUGGCGUGGCGGGCGUUGCGGGUGGCGAGCGACCAGCACCUGCACCUGUUCAAGCAGAUGAAGGAGCCGGAGAACAUCUCUGCCCUGAUGAAGGCCAUCGACGACGAGCGCAACCCGCCACCGCCGCCAAAGGCGAAGUCGGUCGAAGCCGGCGAGGCGGACGACGAGGCAAAGAAGGAGGGAGGCGAAGAUGUCAAGGAGAGCGGAGAGGAAGCGGAAAGCAAGGCCGAGGCAGGAACAGAGGCUGAGACGGCUCCGGCGCACGAGGAUGUCGAGGCCAAGGAACGCGCGGCAGCCGACGAUGAAGCGGCGACAGAAGCUGCAGCAGCGGCCGUGGCGGUGCCCGUCAGCGUGCCCGAAGUGCCUCAGUCUCCGGCGCCCGCCGGCGCGGCAACCGAGGAUGAGAUCGAGUCCAAGCAGCCGCCGACCCGAGGCUCCGACGAGGCUGCUGUCGAUGCCUCCAAGGACGUCGAUGCAGCCGCCGUCGACGCGGAACUAGGUGUCGUCGAGGAGGGAGCGGUCAAAGAGGUGGGGAGCAGCGAAGUCUCGGCGGCCGUCGAGGAUGUAGAGAUGGCCAGCGCAGACAAGGCUUAG